AUGUCAAUAGAAUCUGCAAGAACUGUAACUUUAGGAACAUUUGAAAAUAAUAAUAUGGUAACACCUAUAUCGACAAUAAACAAUAAUGAGCAAAUGAGUUCGGAAUUAUUAGAGUUGAGAUCGCGGGUUGAGCAAAUAGACAAAGAAAAGGAAGCAAUAAAAAAGGAAAAGCAAGAAUUGUUGACUCAUUGUGAAUCAAUUAAAGAAGAAAAGAAUCAAUUAGAAACACAAUAUCAAACUUUGUUAAAUAAACUAAAGGUUAUCGCAGAUAAAUAUAAAUCUAAUAUGGAUGAACUAAAUAAAUCGCGUCAAGAAAAAGAUCAACUGAGCCAACAAAAUCAAGAACUUUCAGAAAAGCUCAACAGAUUACAAUCAGAGAUGUCGGUUGUUAACGAAGGAAAUCAAAGGAUAACAAGUCAAUUGGAAACAUUACAAUCUCACAUUUUUGAGAUACAAGAACAAUCAGCCAAUGAAAUUAACGAGAAAGAUAAUUAUAUUAAAAAAUUACAAAACGAUUUGGAUCGUUCAGAGAGUGAAAGAGAAGAAUUGGAGGUUGUUGCAAUGGAAUUAAAAAGUGCCAAAGAGGUUUCACUUAACCGCAUAAAACAUUUUGAAAUGGAAACAGAAUUAUUAAGAAACGAAAAAGAAACUUUGAAAAUUGAAAAAAAUAAUGAAUCUGAAAGUUUGGCAAAUUUACAAGCUGUUUUAGAAGAAUUUGAAGCUGCUAAACAAUCUGAAAUAAAAGAAGCAGUUGAAGGAAUGCAGCGAAGGCUUUCUACAACUAGUAAAGAAUUAGCAGAAUAUAAAGAUAGAGCAUUGUUGGCAGAAAAUCAAUUAAGGCAAAUAAAACAAGAAGUUGGUAAAACUACUCAAUAUGAAAAAGAAAUCAAAGUCAAAAAUCUUUUGAUUGGCAAAUUACGACAUGAAGCAAUAAUAUUGAAUGAACAUUUGACUGAAGCUUUAAGACGUAUGAGAGAGGAGAGUAGUGAAAAUAAUGUCGACAAACGACUUAUAACAAAUCUUUUGAUUGCAUUCUUUAAUACUCCACGUGGUGAUAGUAAAAGAUUUGAAAUUCUACAGUUAAUGGCCAAUAUGUUACAAUGGAGCGAAGAGCAAAAAGAAAAGGUUGGCCUAAUAAGAAAAGCAUCAAUAAAUAGACCUAUAGAGGACCGAUCUAGUGGCUGGGUAUCAGGUCUAUGGACUCCAACCUUGGAGAGACCUCGUAGUAGGUUAUCAGAAGAUGUCCCUAGACCAACUAUUCGUAUAAGUGAAGAUGAGGAAGAUCGCCCAAAAGAGGUAUUAAUUUGA